CAGUAGAAGCUACAAAUAUUUGUAUUAAAACAUCUAAAUUAUAGUGUUACGCACCUAAAUUAUGUGGAAUCCUAUUAUCUCAGAACUUAUUUUUCACAUUAUGUAACCUUUUACUAUUCACCUGAUAAAAAAUUAUGUUAAUAUAUACCAUGUGCAAACACACACCUAUACUAGACAAGAAAAAAGGUCUUAAUAUUUUAUUUCAUUUCAAAUCCAAACCCCUUUGUCCUCCUACUUGCACUAUUAUUGGAGUAAAAAUUACUUCAAAAAUAUCGGGUUUUUUCAGUCCAAAACACUAUCAGUUACAAUAUACAUUUUGUAUUUCAAAGAAAAAAGUACAUAAACUUGCCCGAAAAAAAUAUUUAUACACCUCGACACAAAUUGACGUUUAAAUUGGCUGUUUCAAUUUUGCACAAUUACUGAGCAGGCGCAAGCUGCGGACAUGUCGGGCGUUCACCAGGAGGUCAAUACGACACCGCUUCGUUUGCGUAGGAAGGUCCAUCUCAUUAAAGUAAACGGCGAAAAGGAAAGGGAAGCCAACGGUAGACGGAGCCAUGAAAAAAAUGGCAGCUUUGCCGUCGGCAGACUGGCAAUGGGAAAAUGCCGUUGCCGGCGCUGCCGCGGGACUCGCCACUGUCACUUUCUCUCAACCCCUUGACGUUGUUCGUACCAGGUUCCAAGUUUAUGACGGAAGAAUCUCCAACGUCCCCGCCUAUAGGAACACACCUCAUGCUUUAUUUGCUAUUACUCGAAGUGAGGGUUUUAGAGGACUUUAUGCUGGUUUUUACCCUGCUAUUCUUGGGUCAACUAUUUCAUGGGGUUUAUAUUUUUUCUUCUAUAGCAAGGCUAAGCAAAGAUAUCUGAGGACCAGGGACGAGCUGAGUCCAGGCCUUCACCUUGCUUCAGCUGCAGAAGCAGGAGCGCUGGUCUGUUUUUGCACCAACCCUCUUUGGCUUGUGAAAACAAGAUUGCAACUUCAGACUCCUAAUCAGAUUCAUCCAUACACCGGGUUUCAUGAUGCUUUAAGAACCAUAAUCAAAGAAGAAGGAUGGAGGGCACUUUACAAGGGGCUUAUGCCAGGCCUAUUUAUGCAGGUUACACAUGGUGCUAUUCAGUUCACAGCAUAUGAGGAAUUUCGCAAAGUUCUUGUUAGCUCGAAAGCUCAGGAAAAUGAGAACACACUUGCCACAGCUGCUGACUUGUUGGAUUCAGUUGACUAUGCAACACUAGGAGCUUCUUCUAAGCUGGCAGCCAUUCUUACAACAUACCCAUUUCAGGUUGUACGAUCUCGGUUGCAGCAACGACCAAGUACAACUGGAGUUCCGAGAUACAUGGAUAGCUGGCAUGUUGUGAAGGAAACUGCAAGGUUUGAGGGUGUACGAGGCUUCUACAGAGGUAUCACGCCAAACAUGCUGAAAAAUGUCCCUGCAGCUUCAGUUACCUUCAUUGUCUAUGAGAACGUCCUAAACCUGCUAAAAUUAUCUAGGAGAGAGUAUUAGUUCUUUUACUUCUUUUUUGCCUCCCAUUCCUGCUGUAGCACUAGGAUUCUACACUAGUGAAACACUAUCUGGAAAAAGAGUACUCACAGAUUUGACAGGAGUACAAAUCGAAUCACGAUGCUGCUUAAGAGUUUGUAAAAAGUGGACAAUUUUAUGGUUGGUGUACUUGUACAAUAUUUCUAGUCUUUGUAAUUUAUCAGAUAAGAAAUAAUUUUGUGAGUCGCUAUUCAAGUGCUCACGAGUCACGAAGCUGCUUCUGUAGCAACAAUAUUUGAUGGAAUUGCUAUGCUUUGACAUCUAA